GCAGAUUCAGAGUUGAAGUGGAACCUUUUUGUGAGAGCAUUUCCCCGAAAACGGCAAAGAAAAUGCCGGAAUCCUGCUUGAAACUCUUCAUUUUCCUCCUUGCUGUCGUGCAUCUGGGCGCGCCGCAGAGGGCAGUUAUCACGGAUAUUUCGCAGAAGCAGAUCAAGGAGAUUGGCGAGUACACCCACCUCAAUUGCACCGUGAAGACCGACGGUGCUUACAAGGUGUGGUGGAACAAGAGGAAACUCGAGAGGACCACGGAGAGCUUCCCCAUUUCCAUAGACGACCAACUCACGAUUAACGACCCGCGCUUUAAGAUCGUCCACGACCAAGCGAGCUCCACUUACAGCUUGCAGAUCAGCAAUCUCGAGAGCUCGGACACGGGCAUUUACGAGUGCCUGAUCUUCAUCUCCUUCGACGAGCGCCCUAGCUCUUCAGUCGAGCUCUUCGUCCGCCAUCCGCCCAUCGUCUCUGAGAAGCUGUCCACGAAGGUGGCCCAAGUGGCAGAGCACCAGCCGGUUAAUCUCGAGUGCUACGCCGAUGGCUAUCCCAGGCCGACCAUCACCUGGACCAGGGAGUACAACGCCCUAAUGCCCGGCGGUGGACACAAAAUCACUGGCAACCUUCUGAAGAUCCCUUCCGCCCGCAAGGAGGACCGAGGCACUUACUACUGCAUGGCAGAGAACGACGUGGGCAAGUCCAACCCAAAAACGGUGACACUGGAAGUGGAGUUCGCUCCUGUGAUCUCCAUCCCGCGACCUAAAGUUGCCCAGGCUCUGGACUACGACAUAGAGCUCAAGUGUCGCGUGGAGGCUUAUCCUCCGGCGUCGAUUGUGUGGCUGCGUCAUGGACAUCCGCUGCAGAGCAGCGAGGAGUACAAGAUCUCCAAUCUGGCUACCGUGGAUCAGGUCACCACGUCCUCUCUCAUGAUCCGCGGCCUCGAGAGUGAUCAAUUCGGCGACUAUUUCUGCCAAGCGCGCAACUCUAAAGGACAGGCCGAGAGCAGAAUUCACCUGUUCGAAUCUCUCCUCCCUGUUUUGUCAUUGGUUUAACACAGAAGUGAUGAUUGUUUGAUUUGUGCUUUUUGUAACGCAUUCUGGCCCUUUUGAUGCAACUAACAUGGUAUUUCCUUCAAGAAAACGCCUUCCCUGAUAUCAACUUCGCCGGAAUCAUCUGGAGCUCCUCCUCGAACAUCUUCAAUCCACUGCCACUCGCUUGUCUGAUUAUCACGUCGACGGCUCUGCUGAGAGUCAUCUUCUAAAGACAUGCAAAGGCUCCCUCCCGCUCUCCAAUUAUACAGCCAAUUUGACCCGUUCUUGUGUGCCAAAUAACUUCCAUCAGGUCUCGGACUAAACUGCCAACACGCGAGUUCGCUUUAGGACAAAAUUUACAAUAUUAGACGUAAAGGAAUGUAUGCCAUUUUUUCAUUAGUCUGUAGACAUCCUCUAAAUGCAUAAAUCCGUGCGGUGUGAAUUAAUUUACACAUAAUCAUUUUGCUGAAUAGAGAUAAAAAUAGACCUUUUGUAAUUUUCUGAUUUUCAAAAAUAAA